GUACGUUUCAAAGAAAAUGGCUGUCAUACGACGAACCACGCUACUUUAGUGAUUUAAAAUAUUAUUUUACAAGACAUAUUGGCCAGUUAUGUGAAAUUAAGUGAGUAAAAGACAUUACUAAAAUGAAACUUUUGAAGAAAAUCAUUAUCCUUUUUAUAAUAACGUGCAACUCGUAUGCAGAGGAUAAACAUCCAACAAUUUUAGUGUCGAUCUUGGUUAGAAACAAAGCACAUACUUUACCUUAUUUUUUAUCAAAUUUUGAGUCUUUAAACUACCCCAAAGACCGUAUGUCGUUAUGGAUAAAAAGUGACCACAACACUGAUAAUAGUUUAGAAAUUUUGCGACAAUGGAUUUCUUCUGUCAAAGACAAUUAUCAUUCAAUUAACACCGAAUUUAUCGAAGAUGGUGCCCAAUAUUCUGGUGAAUAUGGACCUGCCCAUUGGACGACUGAUAGAUUUAAUCAUAUUAUCAAUCUAAGGGAAUCUGCUCUCAACUUUGCAAGAAAAUUUUGGGCUGAUUAUUUAUUGACAAUCGACUGUGAUGUAUUUUUAGUAAACCCAGAUACACUCAACUAUCUAGUUUCUAAGAAUUUUACCGUUGUAGCACCAUUGCUUAGAUCCGAAGGACUUUACUCGAAUUUUUGGUAUGGCAUGACAGACGACUAUUACUAUCAAAGAACUGAAGAAUACACGCCCGUAUUGUAUAGAGAAAAUUUAGGUUGCUUCAACGUACCAAUGGUUCACACAUGUGUUCUCAUAGAUUUAAGAAGAAAAGAAUCUGAUUACUUAACCUACGUUCCUUCUAGAAUAGAAAACUUUAAUGGACCCAACGAUGAUAUCAUUGCUUUUGCUAUCAGCGCCAAUAGAAGUGCCAUCUCUUUAAAUGUUUGUAACGAACUUAAAUUUGGAUAUUUAACGGUACCUUUGGAGCAAAACGACCAACUCAAUAUGGAUUAUGAACAAAUGAUUAAUAUCAAACUGGAAGUUUUAAAUGAGAUGAACGAAUUAUACGUUAACGAUUUGCUAAAAAAGUUCACCAGAGAAUUACCUAGGAAAGAUACCUUGGGAUUUGAUAAAAUAUUUAUGAUAAACUUAUUGAGGAGACCGGAAAGGAGAAGAAGAAUGAACAUUUGUUUCGAUGAGUUGGGCCUUGAAGUAGACGUUUUAGAUGCAGUUGAUGGAAAAUCUCUCAAUGAAAGCUUUUUGGAGAGUAUAAAAUUUAUGCCCGAAUUUUCUGAUCCCUAUCACAAAAGGCCAAUGAAAUUAGGAGAAAUCGGUUGCUUUAUGAGUCAUUUUAAUCUAUGGAAAAAAAUUGUACAAGAACGUUACGAAAUUACAUUAGUUUUAGAGGAUGACAUCAGAUUUGAACCAUUUUUCAGACAUAAAGUGCAAAAUCUGAUGGCGGAGGUCAGAAGAAUGCCUAAUUGGGAUCUGGUAUAUUUCGGUAGAAAACGGCUACAAGAAAAUGACGAACCUUGGGUAGACGGCAGCAAUUAUCUAGUUCACGCUGGUUACUCCUAUUGGACGCUGGGCUACGCACUUAGUUUAAGGGGUGCGCGAAAACUUUUACAAGGAGAUCCCCUUACUCGUCUUGUUCCAGUCGAUGAGUACCUUCCUAUUUUGUUCGAUAAACAUCCUCAAGAUUCUUGGAAAGGACAUUUUCCCAGAAGGGAUUUGGUCGCGUACUCAGCCGCACCACUUUUGAUUUAUCCCACUCAUUAUACAGGUGAAAAGGGGUAUAUUAGCGAUACUGAAGAUUCUUUUCUGGUACCUGAGGUGUUGAAGGUUACUAGAGAAGAUUUAUAAAUAAUUAUCAAAUUUUAUUAUGUAGAUGAGUAUUUUUUAUAUUAAUGUUUGUUACUAAAAUGUGUAGGUCCAAUUGUAAUCCACUUUAAAAAUGGUUACAAGGCAGAAGGUGAAGAUACAACAAGGAAACUACUAAAAUUAUGCAACAGUUUAACAGUUCUAAAAGACUUCUUAUCUUUUCGUCAUUAUUUCAAAAAUACACCACUCUUCCAGUUAAACUGGAAAUAAAACUUUUUAUACGACUCAUCUCUCUCAAAAAAGACGUUUUUUUAAGCUUUAAUAAUAGUUAUAUAUCGAGAGAAGACACACUUGUUAUGUAUGUAAUACGCAAUUUUUAAACAAAAUAUUGUGACUGUUUUUAAAGUUAGGUGCACACUACGCUGAUUUUUAAUUUUUAACUUCUAUAAUUUUAAAAAAAUUGACAAUCGUUAGUUGUUUAUAAACAAAAAAGUACUUUCUCCCCUUCUUGUUCUUCAAAACCGUUUGGUAAAAUUAGAAUUUUAUUUUUUUGAACUUUCGAAUUGUUUUGAACGUCCAGAUGAAACUUAUUUUUUUUAGAUGUUGGUAUAUUUUUGUAACAAAUCAAUAAUUAAAUUACUAAAAAAUAUAUUUUUAUGUAACCAAUUAGGCAUUUCCGAACAAAAUGGCUACCGGUGGGUUUUGACAGGUUAUGAUAUGGCAACCCUGUAGGCCUGGCGAUUUGACAGAGUCAAUGAUAUAGAUUGGUCAUCCAUGUUUUUCAAAAUAAACAUAAGCUUACGUCUUCAAGUGAAAAUGUGGGUAAUUAUUUUUUUACUCUAUUCAAAGAAAGAACAUUGGUUUGUAAACACAUUUUUGCGAAACCAAUUCUGAUUAAUGAGCACUUACGAGACAAUAUGGCAAAGGAUUCGCUUUAAGCGUUCCAUAUGUAUAUCAAUGAUAACAGGUCCACAGGGUUGCCAUAUCUAAACUGUCAGUUCCCACUUGUCAGAAUUUUGAUAGGUCGUUGGAAUGCCACAUAACAUAAUACAUAAAAACAUUUGAGGUUAAAAAAAUAUCAAUAUACAGUUUUUUUUAAUUAUUAAGUCAAAAAUAUUUGUAAUUUUGAUUAAUUUUAAAUUGAUUUUUCUCAAUCUCAAUAAGCUUUGCUAUUAUAUUUUAACUUUUUUGUCGUUGGUUUUAACAAUAAUAAUUGGGAGUGAUAUUCCUAAAGUGGUAAAAAGAAGCCAAUACAAUACCUUGUGAUUAAGGUAAUCAAGAUACAAAGACUAUUUAACUGUGCCAUAUUAGAUAUAUAUUAUAAUGUGCCUUAAAUUUUUAUUAUAUUUAUAGUAUAUAGUGCCAUUUUGUUUAAUUUAGUUUAAUAAUGUUUUAUAAAUAAAUUGCUUUAUAUUAUG